AUGCACGCCGUCGACCUCCACGCGAAGCCCGAUCCAGAGCAGCGCGUAUCGAUCAAGGAGUACGAGGACAAAUAUCCCAACAUCAAGGCGUACAACUUUUCGGUUCCGAUCGACCAUUUCCACAACGAGUCGAGAUACAAUCCUCACUCGGACGAUUCGUUUCCACUGCGAUAUUGGCUUGACAUCUCGAAUUAUCGUCCAGGAGGACCAGUCAUCAUCCUGCACUCUGGCGAAUUUGACAGUGAUGGCCGCCUUCCAUAUCUUCAACACGGCAUUGUACCCAUAUUAACAAAGGCUACGGGUGGCGUUGGACUUGUCAUGGAGCAUCGAUACUAUGGCACCAGCUUCCCCGUUCCAGACCUCACGACUGAAAACUUGCGCUUCCUCUCCACAGAGCAAGCGCUCGCCGACACUGCGUAUUUUGCAAAGAAUAUUGUGUUUCCCGGCUUGGAGCACCUGGACUUGACCGCUCCUGGGACCCCUUGGAUCAUCUAUGGAGGCUCUUAUGCCGGCGCGUUUGCUGCCUUUGCCCGCAAGCUGUAUCCUGACGUGUUCUGGGGUGGUAUAUCCUCAAGUGGCGUCACUGCCGCCGUCGAGGAUCUUUGGCAGUAUUUCGAGGCAGCGCGCCAGUACGCGCCCGGCGACUGCGGGCCCACCACCCAGAAGCUUACUCACGUUGUCGACUCGGUCCUCUUCAGCGGUGACAGAGCCAAGGUGCGCAAGUUCAAGGAAAUGUUUGGUCUGGGAGAUCUCGAAGAUGACGAAUUUGCUUCCACCAUCACUCGGGGUCUCAACGGGCUACAAUCCACCAACUGGGAUCCGGAAGAGGAUGUAACUUCUCUCGGAAUCUACUGCGCAGUCGUAUCCUCAGAUGUCCAGCUUUUCUCGAGUACCCUUCAUCUUAUUCCAACAGUGCAGAAACUCGUCCAGGAAGCCGGCUUUGCUACUCAAUCCGACGCCCUUUCCAAUCGCAUGCUCAAUUACAUUGGCUAUAUCAAAGAUUACGUCAAGAAGACGCUCAAGUCGGCCUGCAAACAUAAAUCCGCCAUGGAAUGCUUCUCUGCCCGCCAUACUCCAAAUGACGUGAGACUUGAAGCCGGAUGGCUGCGCAGCUGGGCCUACCAGGUGUGCACGCAAUGGGGAUAUUUUGUUACUGGCUCUGGUACGCCCAAGGAUCAGCUUCCAAUGAUUUCUCGAGCCAUUACUCUUGAAUACGCCUCGAUCCAUUGCGAGAAACUAUUCAACAUCACUACCCCUCCCGACGUGCAGUCUAUUAAUAAAUUAGGAGGAUUCAACUUUAGCUAUCCUCGUCUGGCAAUUAUAGAUGGAGAGCAAGACCCAUGGCGUUCCGCGACUCCCCACGCCAGCGGCCUGCCUGACCGAAAGUCAACCACCAGCGAGCCCUUCCUGCUUAUUGACUGGGGUGUCCACCACUGGGAUGAGUAUGGUCUGCCCGACGAUGUUCACGUGCCAGGUCUGCCGCCGCCACAAGUCACUCAGGCACACAAGGCGGAGGUUGAGUUUGUCAAGGCAUGGCUGAAGGAAUGGGAGGAGGAAAAAGGAACCUCAUUACCAGAGCUGGGUCGGGAAGAGGAGAUUAUAGAUGAGCUAUAA